AUGGAAUCCGUCUCUAAUGUCACAUCAUUCGACAAGUCUCUCAAGAACUAUGUCUCAUCAAGCUAUGUGACCUCCAAAUAUGUCGAUACCUUGGGCUGUACGGGUCUUAAUCAGAGCGUAUUGAACGACUACUACGCGCAAUAUACUGUCAGCGUUCUCUGCAGUAGUAUUAUUCAAAGCUCAAUUGAUGAUUGCGGCCUAAGCUCCGAUCAAUCCGACCCGAUAUGCGCGGAUACAUGCGCGUUGAUGGCGACUAGCGAGGAAGAGAUUAUUGUCAACUCCAACCUCUGCUCGAGUCACGCCAGCAAUUACAUGUCUCAAAUUCGAUCUGAUUUCACUAUCUGUGCAUCACCCGCAGACUCAUUAACUGGAAGCUGUGUGGAGGGAGCCACAAAUGAGCCUGAUAACUGUGGCUUCGCCAACAAUACGAUCGGACUCUGCACAUACUGUGAUUCUGAAAGCGACUCAUGCUGUACCAAGGCCAACGCCACCACUGUCUGCGAAAAUGUUACCAUUCCUUCUUCGACCGCAUCCAUUCAACCCGUCGUGACAAGCAGCUCGACUGCCGGAUCCAACGCUAGCAAUGGUAGUAGUGGGCUAUCGAAGGGUGCCAUUGCGGGAAUUGUGAUUGGCUCUGUCGCAGGGGCCGCCAUAUUGGCCGCUUUGAUUUUCUUGCUUUUCAUCUGUCGUCGUCGUCGUCGUCGGUCGCAGACCGAUGCUGUCAGCCUGAAUCAGCCGAAUCCCCAACGGAAAGGCGCCACGCCACCCAUGCAGCAAGCGGAAAGCCCGACAGCUGCAGCAUUCAAUGUUGUUCCAGGUGGUCGUGUGGCACGCAUGUCCGCCUUGCGCGAAAUGCCCAGCUCUUCCCCCGCCCAAUCACGAACAUCCGGUGCAAUGUUUGCUGCCAAGUACAGUGAUACAUCUGAUUCAGAAGGAAUGGGCGCUAGCCCAGGAGCCAUGUCUAAGAGGAUUCCUCCUGUGACUGGUAAGCGUCAUGGUUCACUUUCAAGUAGCUCUGCUCUGGCUGGACUGGACAGCGAUAGCUCCCCUCGGUCAGGAACCAUUGGUCAAUACUCAUCCCCUGAAGCGGUGACUAGUGGUCAGUCAGAGCAAUUGUCCUACUUCCGGGACUACUACUCACAGGACGAUAUUCAACCCGGCGACCAUGUGGCUGUUCUAUGGGCAUAUUCUCCGCGGGCCGGGGAUGAGUUUGAAUUAGAUCGAGGUGAGAUGCUUAAGGUGAUUGGCAUCUGGGACGAUGGCUGGGCCACGGGAGUACGCGUCCACGAGCGCGCUGAAGAUUAUGAUAUUCGCCAUCGCGAGCAACGCGACAGCGGUGUCUCUCAUGGAUCAAAAAGACCAGGCUCGUCACCAGCACCUUCUGGUGAGAUCAAGGCUUUCCCAUUGGUCUGCAUUUGUCUCCCACAGCACUGGCGCACGAUCAUUGACGGCGGUGUUCCGGAGGAAGAAGAUGAGUAUUGA